AUGGUUCCUCGAAAGAUCAUAAUCGAUACCGAUCCGGCAAGUCUCCCAGAAACCACUGUCAAACACGAACUAACCUCCCACCAGGGCGUCGACGACAUACUAGCAAUGCUCCUAGCAUGCUCGGCCAUUCCUUCUGAGUUGGAAAUUCUCCUCAUCUCCGCCACAUACGGCAACAUCGACGUGCAAAGCUGUUUGCGGAACGUCGUCUCCCUCUUCUACCACAUCGAAAAGGAGAUUGCGUGGCGGAAAAGCGUUGGCCGAGAUCCUGGGUUCGAGACGCUGCGCAAGUCGAAACCGCUCGUUGCUGUUGGACCGGAUCAUCCGUUGGCGGAUGAGAAGUUAAUGGCGGAUUUCUUUCAUGGGAAGGAUGGGCUCGGUGGGAUACACGAGAGCGCAAGUCUCAAUCACCCGAUCUACCAUCCGCAUAUGACGCCCGCCGAUACUUGGAAAGGCCUCUUCAACUCAGUCGAAGACUCUAACAACCCCGAGAAAGGGAUGAUUGAGGAAGAACUAAAAAAGACGGACGCCGAGUCCAUCUUCACACCCUCCCGCUCUCCAGGCCAUACAGAGAUCCUUCGACUGCUUCGCGAGAACGAACCAGACACCAUCUCAAUCAUCGCCAUAGGUCCAUUGACCAACCUCGCUCUCGCCGCAGCAGAAGACCCGGAGACGUUCCUUCGAGUGCAGGAAGUAGUCGUGAUGGGCGGCAACAUCGACGGACCAGGCAAUAUGACCCCCGUCGCCGAAUUCAACAUCUUCGCCGACUCCAUGGCCGCCGCCCGCCUCUUGGCCCUCACAUCCCCCCACCCCCACACAACCAUGCCGCCCAUCCCCCCCGCACCCCCCGGGCAGCCGGAAGGCCAACACCCCCCGCCCCACCUCUCGCCUUACCCCAAAAAGCUAUCCAGACAGCUAAACCUCACCCUCUUCCCCCUCGACAUCACCGAACGCCACAGCCUCACCCGCGGCGAGUUCCGCUCCACCAUCAACCCACACCUCGACGCCAGAUCGCCGAUGGCAGAAUGGAUGGCGGCGUUCAUGUCCGCGACGUUCGAAAAAGUCGAAUCCCUGCACCCAUCCAUCAGCGGGGAUGAAGUCGCCCUCGCAUUGCACGACCCGUUGUGCGUGUGGUACUGCAUGGCCGCCUCCGACCCGAAAUGGGCGGUGCAGAAGAACGAGGACAUCAGGGUCGAAGUGGCAGGGCAGUGGACGAGGGGGAUGUGUGUGGUGGAUCGACGGGACAGGAAGAAGAGGGCGGAUGGGGAUGAGGGGGAGGUGGCGGGGGAUACGGGAGAUUGGCUGAGGGGAGGGGCGGGGAAUAGGGUGGGGAGGUGUGUGGGGAGUCCGGGGGAGAAGACGUUUGGGGGGUGGUUGUUGGGGAGGGUGAUGGGGGAUUCAUAG